AUGUCGUCUUCGCUGCGUGCUAUUGAGAAGAAAGUCGCGCUGCGCAAACAGGUGUACAAGACUGUACUGGGCAGUCCCUUUGUCAAUGAGGCACACAUGUGGCCUCGCGUACAAGAUCAGGCCGUCGUCCUGGAGUUGCUCAAGGGCACAGUGCUGAAUAAGUGCGUGCACUUGCAAGGUGUCGAGCGCGGGCAAUGGCCGCUCGACGUCGCUACAGAUUACAACGAGAUCGUCAAAUUGCUCGGUGCGGCCGGCGGUCCACAGGAACUCGACGCGAUACUGUUCGUGUGCCCGCGGGACAGCGGGAUCCCGCCCGUCUUGCUGCAGCAGGUUCCCCUGAUGUGCUACACCUCUCGAGGGACCGUCACUUUGGUGCAAUUGCCGCAGGGGUCGCACAAACUGCUCUUGGCGGAACCACUGUACUGCAAGGAGGGGCUUCUGCUGGUACAUUGCAACGACAAACUCGACGGGAAGUUCGUCGCUGCGGUCAGGGACAAGACGGACCCGCUGCGGUUCCCCUGGCUGGACGGGAUCGCCUACCAACGGACAGAUCUCAAACUGCUGAAGACGACUGCACCGUUGAAGCGCAAGCAGAAAUGA